AAGAUGGCCGGCGGCGGCCGGGCCCCGGCGUGAGCCCCCCGAGCGCGGGCUGCAGCCCCGGAGAUGCCCCAGCCCAGUGGCCACUGAGCGCGACCCGACCGGGCCGGCCGGCGACUCCAGAGACAUGUCUCUACUUUGCGUUGGAGUCAAAAAAGCCAAGUUUGAUGGUGCCCAAGAGAAAUUCAACACGUACGUGACCCUGAAGGUGCAGAAUGUAAAGAGCACGACCAUCGCCGUGCGGGGCAGCCAGCCCAGCUGGGAGCAGGAUUUCAUGUUCGAGAUUAACCGCCUGGAUUUGGGGCUGACUGUGGAGGUGUGGAACAAGGGUCUCAUCUGGGACACAAUGGUGGGCACUGUGUGGAUCCCGCUGCGGACCAUCCGCCAGUCCAAUGAGGAGGGCCCUGGAGAGUGGUUGACACUGGACUCCCAGGUCAUCAUGGCAGACAGUGAGAUCUGUGGCACCAAGGACCCCACCUUCCACCGCAUCCUCCUUGACACUCGCUUCGAGCUGCCCUUAGACAUUCCUGAGGAGGAAGCCCGCUACUGGGCCAAGAAGCUGGAGCAGCUGAAUGCCAUGCGGGACCAGGAUGAGUAUUCAUUCCAAGAUGAGCAAGACAAACCUCUUCCUGUCCCCAGCAACCAGUGUUAUGAUGACCCCGACAGUGCAGUGGAUGAUCGUGACAGCGACUACCGCAGUGAGACAAGCAACAGCAUCCCACCGCCCUAUUACACCACAUCGCAGCCCAAUGCCUCAGUUCAUCAGUAUUCCGUCCGUCCACCACCCCUGGGUUCCCGGGAGUCCUACAGUGAUUCCAUGCACAGUUAUGAGGAGUUCUCUGAGCCACGAGCCCUCAGCCCCACAGGCAGCAGCCACUAUGCCUCUUCUGGGGAACUGAGUCAGGGCAGCUCGCAGCUGAGCGAGGACUUCGACCCGGACGAGCAGAGCCUGCAGGGCUCUGAGAUGGAGGACGAGCGGGACCGCGACUCUUAUCACUCGUGCCACAGUUCUGUCAGCUACCACAAAGACUCGCCACGCUGGGACCAGGAUGAGGAAGAUCUGGACGAGGAGCUGGACGAGGAGCUGGAUGAGGACCUGGAGGACUUCCUGGAGGAAGAGGAGCUGCCCGAGGAUGAAGAGGAGUUGGAGGAGGAGGAGGAGGUGCCUGAUGAUCUGGGCAGCUAUGCCCAGCAUGAAGAGGCAGCCGUGGCUGAGCCCAAAGACUUCAAGCGUGUCAGCAUCCCACCAGCUGCUCCUGGGAAGGAAGACAAGGCCCUGGUGGUGCCUGCUGAAGCCCCUGACAUGGCCAAGGUGUCCUCCAGGCAGUCCACACCUGAAGAGGUGCCUGUAGCUGAUCGGGUGUCUGAGCCUGAGCCCCCCAAGGCAGAGGAGAGUUUCAGGCCACGAGAGGAUGAGGAAGGUCAGGACUCAAUGUCCAGAGCCAAGGCCAACUGGCUACGAGCCUUCAACAAGGUGCGGUUGCAGCUGCAGGAGGCCCGGGGAGAAGGAGAAAUGUCCAAAUCCCUGUGGUUCAAAGGAGGCCCUGGGGGUGGACUCAUCAUCAUUGACAGCAUGCCGGACAUCCGCAAGAGGAAGCCUAUCCCACUCGUGAGUGACCUGGCCAUGUCCUUGGUCCAGUCCAGGAAAGCAGGCAUCACCUCGGCCUUGGCCUCCAGCACGUUGAACAACGAGGAGCUGAAAAACCACGUUUACAAGAAGACCCUGCAAGCCUUAAUCUACCCCAUCUCGUGCACGACGCCGCACAACUUCGAGGUGUGGACGGCCACCACGCCCACCUACUGCUAUGAAUGCGAGGGCCUGCUAUGGGGCAUCGCGCGGCAGGGCAUGCGCUGCACCGAGUGUGGCGUCAAGUGUCACGAGAAGUGCCAGGACCUGCUCAACGCCGACUGCCUGCAGCGUGAGGCGGGGCCUGGGUGCGGGGGCGGGGCGGAUGCUGCAGGACUCG